AUAAGAUUUAGGUAUUCGUUGGAUUACCUUCAUAUGAAAUUUAGCGUGUAACGAACAGCGAGAUUUUGGCGCUGGAAUUACCCUUUGUUUGCAAACGUCUCGUGUCCCCCCGUGCAUGAACAGCCCUUAUCUUCUCCAACCCCACUUGGGUCCCAGCUCCAACCUCAACCAACACCACCAUUUUCAAUUUUUCACUUUCAAAAAAACCACCCAAAGCUCUGAGGUUUUCUUUCUUGGCUUAAGAAUUUCAGGAAUAUUUUUCAGCUGUUAUGUUCUUAGCGCUCUGCUUCUACUUGAUCUGUGCAGAAUGAAGGAAGUCCAGCUUGGCUCACAUACUGUAAGGUCCCAUGGUGUCACCGUUGCAAGGACACACAUGCAUGAUUGGCUUAUACUUCUGUUGCUUGUGGUGAUAGAUGUUGUCCUUUAUAUCAUUCAUCCAUUUUAUCGCUUUGUGGGGAAGGAUAUGAUGGAUGAUCUAAGAUACCCCUUAAAAAGUAACACGGUGCCCUUUUGGGCUGUGCCAGUAUAUGCAGUUCUGUUGCCAAUGAUGAUUUUUCUCAUUGUGUACAUCCGUAGAAGGGAUGUUUAUGAUCUUCAUCAUGCCAUACUAGGCCUAUUAUUCUCUGUUCUAGUGACGGCAGUUAUCACUGAUUCUAUAAAAAAUGCAGUCGGACGACCUCGGCCGGACUUCUUUUGGCGCUGUUUUCCAGAUGGAAAGGAUGCCUAUGAUAAAUGGGGAAAUGUCAUCUGUCAUGGUGAUAAAAGUGUUAUUAAGGAGGGGCAUAAAAGCUUUCCAAGUGGGCACACCUCUGGGUCUUUUGCGGGGCUGGGUUUUCUUUCACUGUACUUAUCUGGAAAAAUCAAAGCAUUUGAUCGCAAAGGACAUGUUGCAAAACUAUGCAUCGUUUUUCUUCCUCUGUUGGUUGCAUCUCUUGUGGGCGUUUCUCGAGUGGAUGACUAUUGGCAUCACUGGCAAGAUGUCUUUGCAGGAGGUCUCCUAGGGCUUCUAGUGGCUACAUUUUGCUAUUUGCAGUUCUUCCCACCACCAUAUCAUGCUCAUGGUUGGGGGCCUUAUGCUUAUUUUCGAGUAUUGGAGGAGUCAAAUGCAAAUACAAACACAACCAAUGUUGCGACUCUGCAAGAUGCAAUGGCUGGAGAGGUUCAGGUUGUGAACCAGGAAGAAGAAAUAAGUGAUAAUGGAUUUACGGGACUGCAUUUAGCACGCGGUUCUAGUUCAACGUUGGAAGAUAUAGAAUCAGGGAAGAGGUAGCUCUGUAAGUUUCGGGUUCCUAACUCAGACCAAAUGAGGUAUAUGUAUGUAUAUAAACGCAUCUCAUGAGCUGCAAAGUUUUGAAGUAAAUUUUAUGAACGUCUUUCAAGCAGUUCUGGAUUCUGCUGGUAUAUUAGCAUAUGUUGCGGACAGUUUUCCUUCUGAUUCUCCUCUUGGCUACAUGUGAGGACUGAACACAAUGUAAAAAUAAAAAUAAAAAUAAAAAUUUCGUGCUAUGCCUAUUAUUUGGAAAACUACAAAUGUUCUUUUCAUGUUUAUAUAUUAAGCAAGGAAAUGAAAGUGUGUUCAUUUUGUUGUAUUUUAUCCCUUUAGAGUGGACUAACAAAGUCAUCUAAUACAAAUUUAGGUUAAUUAACAUCAAAAAAUGAGUAAUUGUGUUGGUAUUGAUUUUGAUAACACUUUAGUCGAAUAGUAUGAUUUUUGUGAAGUGUAAUCUUAAUGUUAUUU